AUGCUGACUGCCAGCGUUUUUCGUACUCAACCUGCCAUAAUGCGAUCUCUUGCAUUUAUUGCCGUCGCAAUUGGGACCAUAUUGCCAUUUUGCAGUGCUAAGAGCCUGUCAGAUAUUAUCUACCGUGAUGUCGCCGUAAUCGGAGGAGGCGCUUCCGGUGCAUAUGCGGCUGUCCGCAUACGCGACGAUUUCCACAAAAGUAUCGCUCUGAUUGAGAAACAAGAUAUCUUGGGUGGUAUGGUGGACACAUAUAUCGACAAGAAAACUGGAAAUACAUUCGACUAUGGGGUUCAAGGCUUCCUCAAUGUGAGCGGAGCGACAGAUUUCUUUGCCCGCUUUCAUAUUUCAAUUGGAAGCGGCGCAGCAAGCCCUUCCUUGAUCACCGAAUACAUCGAUUUCAGGACUGGUGACAAGGUCGAGUUCCAGCCCCCCUCGUCGGCAAAGCAGAUCGCAGCGAUCGCCAAGUUCUUGAAAGUCAUCGAGCCAUGGGAAUCAAUGCUAUUCCCCGGGUAUUGGAAUUUCCCAGAGCCCAGCGACAUUCCGGAGGACUUUUUGAUUCCAUUCGGCAAAUUCCUGACAAAAUAUGGUCUUGAGGAUGGCGCUCCAAUCAUCUACUCAUCCACCGGCCUCGGAGUCGGUAACAUGAGUGAAGUCGCCACUAUGUUCGCGCUGCAGAGCUUUGGUUGGGAUAUGGCGCGUGCCUUGACUGGUCAAAUGGGGUUGUUCACGCCUACCACGGGUGGAAAUCAGGCGCUCUACAAUGCUGUUGCGAAAGACCUGGGAGACAACGUUCUGUACUCCAGCACUGUUGUCAACAGUCAUCGCACUGAAAAGGGUGUCACUCUCACCGUUCGCAACCACAAGACGAAAAAAGAUACUGUCAUACAUGCUCGUCGUCUUCUCGUUGCAAUUGAGCCUACCGACGAGAAUGUGAAGCCCCUGGACCUGAGCUCCUUCGAAUCCAAGACAUUAUCUAAGCUCACCUACUCCAACGAGUACGCUGGCUUGGUUGACAACAAAGUCUUCAACAGCAGCUACUACUACUUCAACCUUCCAUCAUCCGCAGCACCAGAUAACACCCUCGUCUAUCAAGAGGAUCCUAUGGUAGCAAGCUUUCAAUACACCGGACUAAACAACCUGUUCCGCGUGAUGGUUAUCGGUAACACCACCACGACGGCUGAUGAGGCCAAGGCCCUGAGCCAGGAUAGCUUCAAUGCCUUACUGAAGGCCGGUCGCUUGUCCGGUUAUAACGAGUAUCAAGAGCUCAGUUGGGCCACCUUUGCCACACACGGUGCCAUGCAUGCCCGGGUCACCGUGGAACAAGUGAAAGAAGGCUUCUUCCAGGAUUUGUAUAAGCUCCAGGGUGCUCGAUCGACGUGGUGGACCGGGGGUGCAUUCGCUGCGAACUUCCAAACGCAACUGUGGAAGUUCGAUGAGGGUCUGAUCCCGAAGAUUCUUAAGGGCCUUUGA